UGCUGGGCCAGCAUUCAACCCAGGAUGGCGUUUUAUAGCAGCUUUUGUAUCUCUGUGUGUCAUCACCUUGAUGGCUGCAUUGGAUGCAACUAUGAUUUCCGUUGCACUUCCUGUAAGUAACUUUUGAUACUGCAAGGCAGUAAAUAUUCGGAUCCUGACAUCAAAGUAGAUCAUGGCGAGGGCACUCCACGGUUCAGCUAUUGAAGCCUUUUGGGCAGGAACAUCAUUCCUCUUGACAUCGACUGUCUUCCAACCAGUCCUCGGAUCCUUCUCUCACAUCUUCGGGCGCAAACCAUUGGUCUAUUUCAGCUUAGUCCUCUUCUUCGCAGGAUCGGUCGCCGCAGCACUCGCGAAGAACUUCACAGUCAUCCUCGUGGGUCGAAGCAUUCAGGGUGUCGGUGGCGGCGGCAUCAUCUGCCUGACCGAAAUCAUCGUCACAGACAUGGUGCCGCUCCGCGAGCGAGGCAAGUGGUUCAGCAUGUUCAGCGCCAUGUGGUCCAUUGGCACGGUCGCAGGACCGCUCGUUGGAGGUGCCUUCGCCCAGGAGGUCUCUUGGACUUGGAUCUUCUGGCUGAACCUCUUCUUCAUCGUGCCUGGCGCUGUUCUCAUCGGCAUCUUCUUGAAGCUCAACUACAAGACCAGUUCUUUGCUCGAGAAGCUCAAGCGUGUCGAUUGGAUCGGUAUGACACUCUUCCUCGGAUCGACCACCGGCUUCCUCAUUCCUGUGACAUGGGGAGGUGUUCAAUACCCCUGGGACAGCUGGCGAACACUCGUCCCGCUCAUCGUCAGCGCUGUAGGCAUGGUAGUCUUCGUUGUCCACCAAGAGCGCUGGGCGCAAGAACCCUUGGUCCGCACCAGCGUCUUCAAGACCACCACCGCCGCCGUGACCUACGCCGGCACCGUCAUCCACGGCAUCAUCCUCUGGGCCCUCCUCUACUUCCUCCCGCUCUACUUCCAAGCCGUCAAGGGCAUGUCACCGAUCAUGUCCGGCGUCGCCCUGUUCCCAGAGACCUUCACCGUCGCGCCCGCCGCAAUGGUCGUCGGUGCCGCCAUCGCUAUCAGCGGAAAGUACCGCUGGGCCAUCUGGUCCGGCUGGACCCUCACAACCCUAGGCCUCGGCCUCAUCAUCCUCCUGAAGCCAGAGACGACGACCGUCGCCUGGGUCUUCCUCUGCCUCGUCUCCGGCUUCGGCACGGGCGCCCUCUUCCCCGCCAUGGCCAUCACGACGCAGGCCUCCGUCCCCUCCUACGACGCCGCCUACGCAACCAACAUGUUCUCCUUCCUCCGCGCCUUCGGCCAGACCCUCGGCGUCGCCAUCGGCGGCGUCAUCUUCCAGAACCAGAUGAAGAAGAAGAUGCUCACGUUCCCGCUGCUCGCGGAUCUCGCGACCGAGUACUCCAAGGACGCGGCGGGGCUCGUCGAGAUCAUCAGGUCGCUGCCGGCUGGCGACAUGAAGGACCAGUUGAGGGAGAGCUACGCCGACGCGCUGAGGUACAUCUGGAUCGUCAUGACUGCUUUCUCGGCUGUCGCGCUGGUGCUGAGCUUCUGGACGAAGUCGUAUGCGUUGGACAAGCCGCUGGAGACGGAUCAGGGGUUCAAGGAUAAGAAGAGGGCGAAGGACGAGGAGAAGGAUUCGCAGGCGAAGGCAUGAUUCAUUGAAUUGGAGAGAAGGGGAAGUAAUAGAUUGGGGUUUUUCUUUUCAUCAGGUUGUAUGAACAACUUUAAUUACGGUUGUUGGUUGUGAUGGUUCGAUGGUAUGAUAUAAUGUACUACACGACUUUUCAUUUUUAGACAACUACGUUUACUAUUUGUUCGAUACUGGGUGUUUGCAAGACCAACCAUUCUGCGUAGGCUAAUCAGAGGGCUGGG